AAGUUACACACAAAAAUCAGGUUGUAAGGAGGACUCCUCAUACCCCUCCCCGCCAGUAUUCUCAAUGUGCAGCGCUCUAUAGAGGGUGUCCACGCGCUUCAAGCUCCUUCAACUUUUCUUUCAACUUCUGCCAAGGAUGGGACGAUACAUAAGGACUUUACUACAAAACGCGUCUGGUAAACCCAACUAGGAUUACUUACAUCGAAACAUUCUCUGGAAAACUAGUUUUUAUUGCAAACUUUUCGAUUUGGAAAUUGAAUGAGUUGGUUUACUCCCAAAACAUUUACCUGGUGAGGUUGUAAUACCGUUACAUUUUUUUUGCUGGGAUUGAUGGGACUUGGGUUUCUUUAUACUUUGACUUGUUUAAAGCAGUAGUCAAAUGAAUUUAUAAAUAAGAAUGAAUCGGUCCGUGGUUAAAUUCUUGUUCUUGGCGCUGAGUAUCAGCGCGCACGGCGCUUCAUCCAGUCCGCCGGUGAAGAAGAGCUCCGUCGCGGAUGACAGCGCGUCCACACUGGCCUUUGUGUUCGAUGUUACUGGCUCUAUGUACGAUGAUCUCAAACAGGUGAUAGACGGUGCGUCACGCAUCCUGGAGAGGACCCUGAGCCGCAGAACCAGACCAAUCAAGAACUUCGUCCUGGUUCCUUUCCAUGAUCCAGACAUAGGUCCUGUUUCUAUCACUACUGACCCCAAGAAGUUCCAGAAGGAUCUUCAAGAGCUGUUUGUUCAGGGUGGAGGUGAUUGUCCAGAGAUGAGCAUUGGGGCCAUCAAGAAGGCUUUAGAGGUCUCCCUGCCUGGAUCUUUUAUCUAUGUUUUUACAGAUGCCCGAGCCAAAGACUACCGGUUGAAGAGAGAUGUUCUUCAACUUGUGCAGCUCCGACAGUCUCAGGUUGUGUUUGUGCUGACGGGGGAUUGUGGGGAUCGGUCCCAGCCAGGAUACAGAGCAUAUGAGGAGAUCGCUGCCACAAGCUCCGGUCAAAUCUUUCACCUGGACAAGCAACAAGUCAAUGAGGUUCUCAAAUGGGUUGAGGAAACCGUCCAGGCCAUGAAGGUCCACCUUCUCUCCUCUGAUCAUGAGAACGCCCAGGAGACCCAGUGGGAUGUGCCCUUUGACCCCAGUCUAAAAGAGGUCACUGUUUCUUUAAGUGGUCCAGCACCACAAAUCGAGCUCAGAGACCCUCUAGGUCGCACAGUUGGGGAAAGGCAGGGCCUGACAGAACUACUCAACAUCCCAAACUCAGCACGGGUGGUCAACCUGAAGAACCCUCGACCUGGACCGUGGACAUUAAAGGUGAGCUGCAGUGGGCGGCACACGCUAAGAGUAACAGGUGUGAGUAAUCUGGACUUCAGGGCGGGGUUUUCUAGUACGCCGGUCACAGAGUUUAACAGGACCAGAGAGAGGCCUAUCAAAGGCAUUCCAGCUCAUGCGAUUCUGAAGUGUUCAGGUCUGAAGCCUCCUGGGCUUGUUUCCAAUAUGGAGUUAAUGUCUCUAGGGGGCCGCUCUCUGCGAACCAUUCCUGUUCCUUUACCAGCUGAUAGAGGAUUCGGAGGUCUCUGGAGCAUCCCAGAGUUCAGAACUCCCUCACAGAGCUUCUUCCUCAAAGUAUCUGGCAAAGAUGGAGAUGGCUACAACUUUCAGAGACUGUCAAGUGUCUCCUACACCAACAUUAUCCCGGAGCCUCCAUUGGUAAGCAUGCCCACUGUGGUGAAAGCAUUCUACAUGCAGCCUGCGACGAUUGACUGCUCUGUGAACAGUGACCUGCCCUAUAAACUCAGAUUCACCAGAGAUGGAAUCACGAUAGGAGAUGAGGGAACCUAUGAGUCUUCCUUUAAAGCAUCAUGGGAAAUUCCCCAUGCCUCGGGCGAUGAUGAGGGAUCUUAUGAAUGUGUGGCCCAGAGCACGGCGGGUAUGGGGCGAGCUCUCACGCAACUCACUGUUAGAGAGCCCCCUCCCGUUCUGCACCCCACCGUGAAUGUGAUCUCAUCCCCUGGUGCAUCGGCCGUACUGUCGUGCCAGGUUCAAGGCUCCGUGCGGCACAAUCUGACCUGGUAUCGGGCCGGCACCGUUUUAUCAUCCCGCUCAGGGAGGGUGAAAGUGUUGGCCAACUCCUCUCUGGAGAUAAGCUGGGUUCGCACCCAGGACGCAGGACCCUACCAGUGCAGAGCCGCAAACGCACACGGAGAGAGUCAGGCUGUCGUGUGGCUGGUGGUCUUAGAGGCCCCGUCUGUGGUUGUUUCUCCUCAGACACAAAGCUUCUCUCUGGGUGCAGAGCUUCACAUCUCCUGUUCUGUAUCUGGAUCGCCUCCUCCGAAGGUUUUCUGGAGCCAUGGCAACAUCUUUCUUACCAACAACCAUCGAAUGAGCAUCUCUGAGUCUGGCACUCUCACAAUCAGAAGAGCUGCGCCUGUGGAUGCUGGGAACUAUACGUGUCUGGCCACCAACGAGGCUGGCACUGCCUCCCAGUCUGUUACCAUCAGUUAUGCAGAGCGUCCAAGUAUCUCGCUGACACAGCAGGUGGUGAUGGUUGUUGCUGGUGGAGAUGCCACUCUUGAAUGUCACGCUUCUGGCAUGCCUCCUCCAACAGUGACAUGGCAAAAAGGAGAUCUUGAUCUGGGGACAGUGCCAUUUGCUGAACAGGAUGUCCAUCGUGGAACAUUGCAGAUCCGAGGGGUUCAGGAACCGGAUGCUGGAGAGUAUACCUGUGUGGCCAUAAACACUGCUGGCUCCACAUCUGCUGUGGUCAGGCUGGAGGUGGGAGCUGCUCCUGCGUUCUCUGUGUCCCCUGUGGACGUAACAGCCAGUGUGGGCGAUAACAUUACUCUGUCGUGCAUCGCCCGCGGUUUCCCCACACCCUCUCUGACAUGGAGACGCCAGGACGGGCGGCCCAUUUUUGGCAAGUCGUCUGGCCAUGCAGGCACAUCUCAACUGCCUUCUGGUGCCCUUCACAUUCAGAGUGUUUGGGUGGACGAUGAAGGUGUAUAUGUGUGCGAGGCCAAAAACCGGUUCGGAUCCAUCAAGACACAAGCAAGAGUCACUGUAACUGGUUUAGAACCACCGUUAUUAGCUGAGGGUGCACCAGCUGUUACAGUUCUUAGCGGUCAGCCCUUGAACAUUCCCUGCAUGUUACUGGAUGGGAUUCCUCUUCCCGAGAGAGUCUGGACGCACAAUGGAAAACAAGUGCAUUUGGACAGGAGAGUCUUUCUAAGGAGUGACGGCAGUCUUCAUGUGGAUAGAGCUGUACCUGAGGAGGCUGGGAUAUAUGUGUGCACUGCUAUCAAUGUGGCAGGAUCAGUCAACAUCACAAUCUCAGUGGAUGUUCAUGUUCUUCCCGAUAUCAAAGCCGGACCCCUGCACUACACAGCCAAUGAGGGCACAGCCAUCUCCCUGUCCUGUGAAGCAAGCGGGGUCCCCGCACCAUCCAUCGUCUGGUCCAAGGGUCGAGAAACCAAGGCUGUGUCGGCACCUCUUGAAGGACCUGAUGGAAGCCUGUACAUUCCCAGUCCCACGGCGGAGGACUCAGGGGUGUACGUGUGUACCGCCACCAGUGCAGUGGGCUACACCAACAGAGAGAUGCAUCUGAGUGUUAACACCAGACCAAGAAUCGUUGGCGUUGAUGGGCCACAGGCAAUGGUUGAAAAGGCGGCUGAGGUCGGCUCAGAGGUCAUCCUUACAUGCGAGGUUCACGGAAGUCCUGCCCCUCUUGUGACUUGGAGCAGAAAUGGUCAGCCCAUUCCCCCUGUCACAGCCUGGUUCAUGGUUUUACCGUCUGGUUCUUUGAAGAUUGCUGAUGUCAGACUGAUAGACAGUAAAUUCUACACCUGUUCUGCUGUUAACCCAGCUGGAAACGUGUCACUCACCUACAAUUUACAUGUUCAAGCUAAACCAAGAAUUCAGCCAGCACCUACUUCUCUGAAGGCUCUGAUUGGCCAGACGGUGGUGUUGCCAUGUGUGGUUCAAGGAGAACCAAGUCCUCAGAUUAGUUGGCUUCAUGAUGGACUUCUUGUGAGCACUGACAGAAUGCUGAAGAUCCAGACAGUCCAACACCCGGACAGCGGCACUUACAGUUGCGUGGCCAGAAACAGUGCUGGAGAAGACACCAUAGAGAUUCUUCUGCAAGUGUUAGAGGCCCCUUAUUUUGAGACAAAUGGAGAGACCAUCAUUGAGAGUGUGACCAACAAGAGAGUCAUCAUUCCUUGCCCAGCACGAGGUUCUCCUUCUCCUUGGGUGCGAUGGUUCAAAAAUGGUCUGGAGAUCCAUAUGGAGCGUUCAGAGCACGGUGUAUCCACAGCUGAGGAUGGCUCACUGGUGAUCGGCUCAGCUUCGGCCAGUCACAGCGGAGACUUUAAGUGUGUGGCCACGAAUGAAGCGGGCACUGUGGAAAGGAAGACCAGGUUAAAGGUCAAUGUUCCACCAGAAAUCCAAGAUGAUGGACAGCCUGUAAACCUGACGGUCACAUUGAAACAGCCUCUCACACUGGGAUGUGAUGCUUUUGGCAUCCCAACCCCAACCAUUAUAUGGACAAAGGACAAUAGACCAGUACUGGAGACUCCAGGGGUGUAUCUGCAGAAUGGGAAAAGGCUUUUAAAGAUUUAUCGUGUUCAGAAUAAUCACGCUGGCCGCUUUUCCUGUACUGUCCAGAACUCCGCUGGGGAGGCCAGGAGGGAGUACACUAUUGAAGUACAAGCCCCACCAGUGAUUUCGGGCUCGUCUGGAGUGCAAGAACUGACCGUCAUGGCAGGACAGCAAGUGGACAUGCACUGCAAAGUUAGCGGUCGUCCUGUGCCUAAAGUUGAAUGGACUCAUGAUGGAGAAGUUUUGUCACGUAACGGAGACCCUCAUGUGGAAUUUCUGGAAGAGGGGCAGGUGCUGAGAGUGAAGUCCGCCAUGCCGAGAGAUCGCGGCCUGUAUAAGUGUGUGGCCAGUAACAACGCUGGCACUCAGACUCGCCAGUUCAGGCUGAACGUACAAGCUGCCCCCAGCAUCCGUGACUCCAGUGAGAAUUCAGAGGUAACUGUAGUUCUGGGCUUCCCGGCUGUUCUUCACUGUGAAGUGGAAGGCAUCCCAGUUCCCACUAUUACCUGGCUCAAGGACAACCAGCCUAUCGUGUCCAGUCCCCAGCUCACAUACACACAGGGUGGACAGGCUUUGCAUGUGGCUGCGGCCCGUGGUGGUGACGCUGGCGCCUACACCUGCCGAGCAACCAAUCCAGCUGGAACGGCGUAUAGGCACCACACCCUUAGAAUUCUGGUUCCUCCUCAGAUCGAGGGUGAUUCAACAACUCUCAAUUUUGGUAGAAAACAUGAAAAAGUGAAAAUUAAUGGAACCUUGACCCUGUCAUGCCUCGCCAAGGGAUUUCCAGAACCUGCCACACAGUGGUUUAAAGAUGGACAGUUGUUAAAUGAGAACACACACACCGGCCUUAGAGUGGACAGGCACAUGCUCCACAUCGAGAAUGCCAUGCUGUCCCAUGAAGGCCAGUACACAUGUGUGGUUACCAACACUGCUGGAGAGGACAAUAGAGACUUCCAUCUCAUUAUACAGGUUCCUCCCAUCUUUCACCGUGUGGUAAAUAGUGCUGCUGGGUUUACACUGGGCGAGAGGGAGGGCGAUGAAGAGGACCCUGAUGGCAAUGAAGGGAUGGUUGAAAGAAGGGAGGUGGUACUGGGACACUCCAUCAGUCUGUCCUGCGAGAGCAAUGCCAUUCCACCUCCUAGACUCAGCUGGUAUAGACAAGGGAGACAACUCACAAGCUCAGAUGGAGUCGUGUUGUUACCUGGAGGUCAAGUCCUGCAGAUCCCACGUGUCCAGCUUGAGGAUGCUGGGAGAUACACAUGCCAGGCUGUGAAUGAAGCUGGAGAGGACCAAAUGCAUUACGACCUGGAUGUGCUGGUUCCCCCUGUAAUUGAUGGCCAGGCUGAUGAGUUUAUGCAGGACGUGGCUGCUGUGGUCAAUUCCACUGUAUCACUGCGCUGUGAUGUCACAGGAAACCCAACUCCAUCUGUUUCCUGGCUUAAAGAUGGUCUGCCACUUUACAGCACCCCUGAUCUUCAGAUUCUGGAGGAUGGGAAACUACUGGAGAUCCUGAAUGUGCAGGUGUCUGACACGGCCAGUUAUCAAUGUGUAGCUGAAAAUAAAGCCGGAACUGUCGAGAGACUCUACAGCCUGUCUGUUCAAGUUCCACCAAGGAUAGUAGGCAGCCAAGAGGAGGAUUUACAUGUGGUGGAGGGUCACAUGAUCUCUCUGCUGUGUGAUGUCCAGGCAUAUCCACCUGCUGACAUCAUAUGGACCAAAGAUGGUCAAUUGCUGGAGUUUACCAGCGGCAUUCACAUACUACCAGGUGGUCAGAUGCUGCAGCUGCACAGGGCUGGACAGCAGGACGCGGGCCAGUAUGUCUGCACAGCCACAAACUCAGCCGGACAAGACCAGAAAAGCAUUGUGCUUACAGUCUAUGAUCUGCCUACACUUGUACCACGUCUAGACACAGAGUCAGAGGUCAUGACACCUCAGGUAGGGUCCUCAAUGGUUCUGCGCUGUAAGGCCCGUGGCAUCCCUGAACCGGAGGUCACAUGGUAUCGUAAUGGGCACCAGCUGGCUGCUGGGAAUGGUUUAAGAAUACAACGCCAGCAACUGGAAAUAGUCGGGGUGCAGGUGGCUGAUGGAGGGGUGUACACCUGUAAGGUGUCCAAUAUUGCUGGCCAAGUAGAUCGCACAUUUAGAGUAACAGUGCAUGUGCCUCCCGUGAUGGAGGGCCCUCUCCACGAGAUCGUCACACAGAACCUGGGCUCUCACAUCACCCUCAUUUGUGAGGUCUCUGGUGUACCUGUACCCAGCAUCUCCUGGCUUAAAGAUGGCUCUCCUGUUGAAAGCAGUUUGCGGUGGAACUGGUCAAUGAGAGGAAACAGGCUUGAAUUAGGCCCUCUGCAGCUGUCUCACGCGGGCACUUACACCUGCAUAGCCAAAAACAGUGAAGGACAGACACAAAAAGACUAUUUACUUACUGUACAAGCAUCACCCACUAUUAUAGAUUCUGGCCACCCAUCAGAGGUCAGCGCACCUGUGGGGGAGGAGCUAACUCUUGAAUGUCGGGUGAUGGGUACGUCCACUCCUAAAAUAAGCUGGUUGAGGAAUGGAAUAACCCUUGAGAAAGGCAACACAGAGCAUAUAGAUAUCUCACCAGAUGGCAGCACUCUAACACUUUUAAAUAUAAAGCCAGAUGACUCAGGAACAUACACGUGUCUGGCUGUCAGCUCAGCUGGACAAGAUAGCAAGAUCUAUAUGUUAUUCGUAUCAGUUCCUCCCUCUAUUAUCGGAGAGACCAGCGUCCCCCGUCAGGUUCACACCACUCAACACAGUGUGGUCACACUGGAGUGUAAAGCCACUGGAAACCCCCAACCUCAAAUCAGCUGGAUGAGGGACGGUCACCCUUUACUCCUGUCGCCUCGCAUCCGCCUCCUUUCUGCAGAUUCUGUUCUCAGGAUUUCACCGGUGCAGCUGUCUGAUUCAGGCAUCUAUACCUGUGUGGCACGUAGCCAUGCUGGACUGGCUGAGCUCAACUUUGACCUCCAAGUGCAAGCUCCUCCCGCUGUGGAGCGCACCGAACCCACAGAACAAGUAGCUGUGGUCCAGGGCUCCUCAGUAACACUGACCUGUGAAGCUCGUGGUGUACCCCCUCCCACCCUCUCCUGGCUGAAAGAUGGUCUACCGCUCUCACUGCACCGGAACCUCCUGCUGGAUGGACAGGAAACUCGCUUCCUGCUCUCUGAUGUGGGUGCCAGUGAUGGAGGCCUCUACAGCUGUGUUGCAAGCAACCAAGCAGGAAGCAGCACCAAGACCUUCAACCUGACCGUGCUGGAACCCCCCAAGAUCUCUGGCUCUUCAUCUCCAAAUGAGCUGCUGGUUGCUGUAGACAGUGUGCUGGAGCUGGAGUGCAUCGCUACCGGUCAGCCCCCUCCAAACCUCAGCUGGCUAAAAGAUGGACGCCCCCUACAGAACAACAUGGAAAUAAUACAGAGAGAUGGCCAGCUUCUCAGGAUCAACAAAGUUCAGGUGGAGGAAGCAGGGCUGUAUACCUGCCUUGCCACUAGCCCAGCAGGAGAAGACAGCAGAAACCACUGGGUGCGCAUUCAACUUCCUCCCACUCUGCUUGGCUCAAAUGACAUCAGAACUGUGUCUGUACCGGCCAAAGGUCACUUGACACUUGAAUGUCAAACCGACGGUGACCCUCCACCAGAGAUUGAGUGGUACAAGGAUGAUGUCAAACUACAGUUGGGAGGUCGAAUUCAGACCAUUGCCGGUGGACAGUAUCUGGAAAUUGAAGAUGUCAGGACCCACGACAGUGGACAGUACAACUGAGUGGUUACAAACAUGGCUGGUAGCACCAGUCUGUUCUUCACUGUAGAGAUUAUCUUGCCUCCAGUCAUCAGACCAGGCAGCUCACUGAUCAUAGCACAUGUGAAUCAGGAUGCUGUGAUGCCCUGUGAGGUGGAGGAAGGCCUUUCUUCCUCUGUUUCAUGGAGGAAGGAUGGAGGCCCAGUUCCACUUCAUAAUGGCAGAUUAACAUUGCUGUCAGAAGGCUCUUUGCGCAUCGAGUCGGUGCAGCUGUCUGAUGCAGGUCGGUACUACUGCAGUGUGUCGAACCAGGCAGGAUCAGAUCAUCGUGGCAUGGACCUGAAAGUUUACGUUGGACCCUCGAUCAGCCCAGGCCCCUUUAAUGUAACAGUGGUCAUGGGUCAGAGAGCAGUUUUGAGUUGUGAGAGCACAGGUAUACCUGCUCCUCAGGUGAGCUGGAAGCGGAACGGUACGCCCCUCAAUGUGGAUCUUCAGUCUGGUGCCUACAGAUUAAUGUCAUCUGGCUCUCUGAUCAUUACCUCCCCAUCUGAUGAGGAUGAGGGCUACUUUGAGUGCACGGUGACCAAUGAAGUUGGGGAAGAGCGAAGGGUCAUAGAGGUCAUUCUGCAAGUUCCUCCUGCAAUUAAAGACGAUGUCAGCAGUGUUACAGCUGUUAAAAUGUCCCCUGUCGUGUUGCCGUGUCACGCAACGGGCCGUCCAGAGCCCAUCGUCAGCUGGAACAAGAACUGGAUGCAGCUGGGUGCUCGAGGGGGCAGUUACCGUGUACUGCCCACAGGUGCUCUUGAGAUCCUGGCAGCUACACCAAGUCAUGCUGGCAAAUACACUUGUUCUGCACGUAACUCAGUUGGAGUGGCUUACAAACACAUUACUCUUACUGUCCAGGAGCCCCCAGAGAUCAGGCCCAUGACAGAGGAGGUUCAGGUGGUCUUACAUCAUUCUGUGGUUCUGCCCUGUGAAGUGCAUGGAUUUCCCAGGCCCACAAUUACAUGGCAACGGGAAGGUGUUCCCGUGGCAACAGGUCAUAGACUGGCGGUACUUUCCAAUGGAGCGUUGAAGUUUUCGCGGGUCACUCUUGGGGACGCUGGGACAUAUCAGUGCCUUGCACAGAAUGAAGCAGGCACGGCUAUGGGAAGGACCAACCUAGUUUUGCAAGUUCCUCCGGUGCUGUCUGUACCUCGUCUGGAGUACACAGCAGUUCUCGGUCAGCUGGUCAGUAUGGAGUGCACUGCUGAUGGUCAACCAAAGCCAGAUGUGACCUGGCACAGGGAGCGUAGGCCCGUGGUGGAAGGUGCCCACCUGAGACUCUUCUCCAAUGGCACCCUGCACAUCACCAGCACUCAGCGUAGUGAUGCGGGCAUCUACACCUGCUCAGCCCGAAACAAUGUUGGUAGAGCCAGCCAGGACAUCAGACUGGUUCUGCAAACCCCACCCAUAAUUUCUGUAGGUCAGUCCGAGAUGUCCGUCAUCCAAGGAUUUCAAGCACUGUUGCCAUGUGCAGCACAGGGUCUUCCAGAGCCCAGGGUGAGCUGGGAGAAACAGGGGGUCCCUGUGCCCAACCUACCAGGCAAAUUCACUCUGCUGAGGUCUGGAGAACUCAUUAUCGAAAGGGCAGAGACUGGUGAUGCAGGUGUCUUCACCUGUGUGGCUACUAACACUGCUGGGACAGCCCGACGUGACAUUCACCUGUCAGUCAACAUGAGACCUGCUUUUAAAGAGCUACCUGGAGAUGUGACACUGAAUAAAGGUCAAAGUCUCACUCUUUCCUGCCAUGCUCAGGGUACACCACCCCCUACAGUAUCCUGGACAGCUAACAACCGGCCCUAUACAGGUGUGAGUGUUGAUGGAUCUGGUAGAAGCUCAUUGAUUAUCGAGAACGUCACUGUAAGUGAUGGUGGGACUUACGUCUGCAUUGCAGAGAACGCUGUGGGUUCCAUACGGACGCUCUCAUUUGUACGUGUUAGAGAACCUCCAGUGCUUAGAGGGGAAGCCCGCACCUCUCAGACUGUAGUUCAGGGAAAAGCAGCUAUGCUGGAUUGUGCUGUUAGCGGAGACCCCGUCCCCUCCCUACGCUGGCAUAAAGACGGACAGCCCUUGCUUGGCUCUUUGAGGUUUCAUCCCCUCCGCAAUGGCUCUCUGGCUCUUUACAGUGCCACGAUUGGAGACUCAGGAGACUACAAAUGUGUUGCCGAGAGUGAGGCUGGUGUUGCAGAAAGAACAAUAUCCCUGAAAGUGCAAGUUCCAGGGGGCUACUCAAAUUGGGAAGAGUGGGGCCCAUGCAGUGUCACCUGUGGACAGGGCAUCCAGGAGCGAAUCAGAUUUUGUAACAAUCCACCACCAGCCAAUGGGGGCCCAUCAUGCGAGGGUCCGAAUGUGGAUUCCAGGAAAUGUCAAGUGUCACUGUGCCCAGGAGAGUCUCCACGGCGUGCACGAGGCAGUCUGAUAGGCAUGGUCAAUGAGAAAGAGUUUGGAGUCGCCUUUCUGGAAGCCAAUAUCACAGAGAAUACAGCAGAUGGUACCAGCACCCUUGAGGCCCACGUUGACAACAUUCCUCCAAGUGUUGGUCCUUUGUUGCGAGUUCUUGUGUCUGUAUUCGCCCCGAUAUACUGGACGACCGUCUACCAAUCACCUGACACCCAAAACGGCUUCUCUUUCACACUAGGGCAGUUCAGACAAGAAUCUCAACUGGAGUUUGAUACAGGAGAGAUCUUGAAGCUGACCCAUGUGGCCAGAGGUCUGGAUGCUGAAGGGGCUCUACUGGUGGACAUUGUUAUCAACGGAUUCGUUCCCCCAGUGCUGUUGUCUUCUAAUGUCAACCUACAGGAGUUUGAUGAGUCAUAUGUGCAGACGGGCUCCGGCCAGCUUUAUUCCUGGUCCUCACAGAAUCACAUGCGGGAAGGGACUCCUUUCACAUUGCGCUGCAAUCAUUCUGUGGUUUUCGAGGGUCCUGAGAACCGUCAGGGUCCCCUGCUUCAACUCCUGAGACUGACAGGAAUAUCUGGCACCUACAGCCUUUUCACAGUGAGCCUGGAGUUCAGAAUGACCGCCAGCUUACACGUACCAGAAGGGGACGGGGAAAAAUGUCCAAAAGGUUUCGUCUUGGACACAGCAUCGUACUGUGCUGAUGAAGAUGAAUGCGCUGUGGGUUCUCCAUGCACACAUUCGUGUAAUAAUAUCAUGGGCGGCUUCUCCUGUGCAUGUCCGUCUGGAUUCACCAUGUCUGCAGAGUCAAACACCUGCCAAGAUAUGGACGAGUGCACACAAGGUUCCCAUUUGUGUCAUCACAACCAGCAGUGCGUGAACACAGCGGGAACGUAUCGCUGUCAAGCCAAGUGCGGCACGGGCUUCAAACCCAGUGUGGUGGGCACCAGCUGUGAAGAUGUGGAUGAGUGUCGAGAGUCAGCGAUCUCGCCAUGCCAGCAGCAGUGCUUCAAUACUUUAGGCUCUUAUCGUUGCGCCUGCCACCCGGGACACCAGUUGGUGGGCCAUCGCUGCCUCGAUAUAAAUGAGUGUUUGAGGAAUGUGUGUCCAGCACAUCAACAGUGCAGAAACACAGACGGGGGUUAUCAGUGUUUUGACAGCUGUCCAGCUGGUAUGACCACAGCAGAAAAUGGGGUGUGUGUAGACAUAGACGAAUGCCAGGAUGGCAGUCACAUGUGUCGAUACAGUCAAAUAUGCCAGAACACGAUUGGUGGGUACGGAUGUGUUUGUCCGAGAGGGUUCCGCUCACAAGGAGCUGGUCGACCUUGCCUAGAUAAUGACGAAUGUGCGCAAGUGCCGAGUCCAUGCGCUUUUCAAUGCCGAAACGUUCCAGGCAGUUUUCGCUGCCUGUGUCCACCAGGCACUGUCCUUCUUGGUGAUGGCCGUUCUUGUGCUGGGCUCGAGAGAGGGCAUAUCUUUGCCAACAAUACCCAGGUACAAGCCAGGCUCCGCCCUCAGCUGGUCUCUACCCUAGAGCGACCUUACCUCACUCGCCUCUCAGUGCAUCCUGAACAUCUCGGAUCUUCACGUCAUCCCAGGCAUGAAUGUCCAAUUGGGUACACUAGCAAGGACGGUACUUGCAUAGAUAUUGAUGAGUGUGCAUUUAGAAAGCCUUGCCAACAUGAGUGCAGAAAUACAAUUGGGAGCUACAAGUGCAUCUGCCCUCCAGGAUACCAACUGUCAUCCAACGGCCGGACAUGCAAAGACAUCGAUGAGUGUACUCAACAAGGUGUCCAGUGUGGAGCAAACCAGAUGUGCUUUAACACACGGGGUGGUUACCAGUGUCUUGACACGCCCUGCCCGGACAGCUACCAGAGGGGGCGCAACCCAGGCACCUGCUACAGACCGUGCGCUUCUAGAUGGGAUUGUGCCAUUGGGAGCUCUUUUCCUCUUCUCCAGUACAAGCUCCUGACUCUUCCGCUUGGCAUACCAACCCAGCACAGUGUAGCCCGUUUAUCAGCAUUCUCUGAAUCAGGAGUUCUCCAGGACAACACGUCCUUCACCAUCCUGGAGCAAACAGGAGAUACUGGAGAUAGGCCGUUCGGCAUCAAGGAUGAAGCAGGAAGAGGGAUUAUCUUCACUUUAAAGCCGUUGCACCGGCCCGGUCUGGUGCGACUUCGGGUACAAGCCACUACGCUGUCAGUCCAGGGGCGCGUUACCUAUCAGAGUAUCUUUAUCAUUUACAUUUCCAUAUCGAAAUACCCAUUCUGAGUAUACAUGACUGCGAAGAUACCUACAGCAGAACAGCGCUGGAUCUGUGUGCUUUUGCUGAAUGGGCCAUAAGAGAAAGAUGAAUAAAUGAACUUGUGUCCUUUUAACUUGAGUGAUAGAGAACACACAUAAACAUGUGUUUUGACAAACAUUUCAAAUCUAAAGUCCUACAAAAGUGUACAUUGUGAGAUGUUCAAAUCUUGCAGUCCUGGGACUGUCACUGCUAUUUUUUCAAUGGACUAUUACGAAGAUAAUAAAUGCACCGCACCUUUUAAUAUUUCUUUUAUUUAAACGUAUUUUAGUAGUUUUAAAGUCAUUCUUGCGUGAGCUCUUGUCUUCCCAUUGUUGUGCAGUUAUCUUUGUGGGUCAAAACUAUAUUACCAAAAACACAUUUCAUUUCCUUCUUCGGUACAAGUGUCAACAUGAGUGAAAAAUACAGUAGGAAGCUACUGGUGCAUAUAAUCGUCGUACAUUGAAAAAGACCUGCAAAAAUGAAUCCUCCAUACGACAAACACAGACACAUUUCCCUGUUGACAGCUUCAAUAUUAUCCGAUCAAUAGCACAUUCUUUAAAAGUAAUGACAUGCAUAUGUAUUUUAAUGUUGUAUUGGUGUAUUCUUGUGCUUUACAGAGUACUCCAACGUGUCAGAGUUUGUGGGUGUGAGAGAGAGUGCUUCAGGAAAGGGUGCAUACAAUGUUGAGACUAGACUAUGGUGCUAAAACAUAAAACAUGUCUUAAAAUGUUAAAAAGCUUUCUGUGAGGCUCAGGUUCCAUGUAUAUGUAUAGAAAAUACCAGUAUCAACAUGAUGUGAGUGUGUGUGCAUGUGUAUAUGAACCACUGUACGAGUGUUUGUGAUCUGACUGCUUACGACUUUUUAAAACUAAACUGUAGAUUAAACAUUUCUUAACAAAAAUAUAUUUUGGUCUAGCA